AUGUGCCACAUCCCAGUCUUCUGCUGGAUCACUGCUACAGUUCUGGAGGAUCUGCUGAAGAGCAGAGAGGGAGGAGAGCUGCCCAAGAGCCUGACUGAGAUGUACAUCCACUUCCUGGUGGUUCAGGCCAAAGUCAAGAAGGUCAAGUAUGAUGGAGGAGCUGAGACAGAUCCUCACUGGAGUCCAGAGAGCAGGAAGAUGAUGGAGUCUCUGGGAAAACUGGCCUUUGAGCAGCUGCAGAAAGGAAACCUGAUCUUCUAUGAAUCCGACCUGACAGAGUGUGGCAUCGAUAUCAGAGCAGCCUCAGUGGACUCAGGAGUGUUCACACAGAUCUUUAGAGAGGAGAGAGGACUGUACCAGGACAAGGUGUUCUGCUUCAUCCAUCUGAGUGUUCAGGAGUUUCUGGCUGCUCUUCACGUCCACCUGACCUUAUUCACCUCUGGAGUCAACCCUAUGGAGAAAGAGCAGAACAAAUCUUGGUUUGCUGAACUGUUUAAAAUUAGUCCAGUUCAUUUCUACCAGUGUGCAGUGAACAUGGCCUUACAGAGUCCAAAUGGGCACCUGGACUUGUUCCUCUGCUUCCUCCUGGGUCUUUCACUGCAGACCAAUCAGAAUCUCCUACGAGGUCUGCUGACACAGACAGGAAGUAGCUCACAGACCAAUCAGGAAACAGUCCAGUACAUCAAGGAGAAGAUCAGUGAGAAUCUGUCUGCAGAGAAAAGCAUCAACCUGUUCUACUGUCUGAAUGAACUGAAUGAUGGUUCUCUAGUGGAGGAGAUCCAACAGUCCCUGAGUUCAGGACGUCUCUCUACAGAUGAACUGUCUCCUGCUCAGUGGUCAGCUCUGGUCUUCAUCUUACUGUCAUCAGAUGAAGAUCUGGAAGUGUUUGACCUGAAGAAAUACUCUGCUUCAGAGGAGGCUCUUCUGAGGCUGCUGCCAGUGAUCAAAGCCUCCAGCAAAGCUCUACUCAGUGACUGUAACCUGUCUAUGAAUAGCUGUGCAGCUCUGUCCUCAGUUCUGAGCUCUCAGUUCUCCAAUUUAAGAGAUCUGAACCUGAGUGACAACGAUCUGCAGGAUUCAGGAGUGAAGUUACUGUGUGCUGGACUGAAGAAUUCUCACUGUGAACUGGAGAUUCUCAGGUUAGAGAGCUGCAGUUUAUCAAAGAUCAGCUGUAAAGAUCUGGGCUCAGCACUGAAGUCCAACCCGUCCCAUCUGACAGAACUUGACUUGAGUGGAAACAACUUCCAAGAUUCAGAUUUUCUUCAUAUGCGUGGUUUUCUGGAGAGUCCAGUCUGCAGACUGCAGACUCUGAGGUUGAAGGACUGCAGUUUAUCAAAGACCAGCUGUAAAGCUCUGGGCUCAGCUUUGCAGUCAAACCCAUCCCAUCUGACAGAACUGGACCUGAGUUGGAACAUCCUGGAGGAUUCAGGAUUUCUUCAUCUAUGUGGUUUUCUGGAAAAUCCAGACAGCAAACUGCAGAUUCUGAGAUUGAAAGACUGCAGUCUGUCAAAGAGCAGCUGUGAAGCUUUGGUCUCGGCUCUGAAGUCCAACCCAUCCAAUCUGACAGAACUGGACCUGAGUGAGAACAACCUGCAAGAUUCAGGAGUUCUUCACCUAUGUGGUUUUCUGGAGAGUUCAACCUGCAGACUGCAGACUCUGAGGUUGGAGCGCUGCAGUUUGUCAAAGAACAGCUGUGAUAAUUUGGGCUCAGCUCUGAGGUUGAGCUGGUCCCACCUGAAAGAACUGGACCUGACAGGGAACAGGCUGAAGGUAUUAGAUGUUCAGCAACUCCAGAAUCUGGUGAAAAAUCCAAACAACAAACUGGAGAUUCAGAGGUGGAGGAACUGAGUUCUCAGCUCCUCCAGAUGGUGUGCAGAGAUGUUCUAACUGGAUGGUGCUUUUGGGAAAUGGAGAGCAGAGAGAUGAAGGAAUCAGAGGAAGUGAAGAUGGGUGUCAGAGCUGGAGCAUGAACUGAUCUGAGAUCCGCUACACUGUUUCUCUCAGCAUCAAGUGCGCAGUUAUUGCUCUACAGCUCCCCCGGCGGACUGAUGGAGAACUGCACCCCCACUGCUGGACUCCUUCACCUCUUUGUACCACAGAUAAGACUUUCCUCUGAACAUCCUUCAGCUGGUUCAGAAAGCAGCAGCAUUGCUGUUGACCAAGACCCCCUUACAGCAGUUCUGGAUUCAUGAUUCUCCAUCUGAGUGCAGUUCAGCUUUCAGUUUUUAUCAUAUUUGAUUCAUAAAAGGCCUUUUAGAACCAUUCAAGGUGAAUGAUCAAAAGAUCCUGGCGUCCCAGAACCAACAGUUUAGUUCAGAGCUGAACAGUUCAAAGAUUAAUCAUUUUUCAUGUGUUUUUUCUUGGCAGAAACCAUCAAUUUAAUUUGUUUGAUUUACUUUUUUUUCUUAUAUCUGUUGAAAAGGAGAUUGAUUUGUGUUUUAUAUUCAGUUAAUUAUUUUGUAUCAGGGUUUUUUUUUUCUAUUUUUUACAUCUCAUUUUAAUGCCAUGCUGUUUCAUGGUAACUUUUUUAAACAUGUUUUAUUUUGCAUUUUGAAACUUCAGACUUUCCCAUAUCACAGUGAUAAAAUGUUCCCAUAAUUCAGGGCUGUUUACCUAAAAGAAGAGCAGAUAGAAGAAGUGGACUUCUUCUACUAGUGCAUACAUUGGAUUCAGAUCAUCAGUUCCAGAUCUGUAGAAAAAAAAACACAAAGACUAACAGAAACCAGAUGAUUAAAAAAGAAAUCUGUCAAUAGGAACUCUGACCCAAUUGUAAAUAUAUUGUACUCUGAUAGUUAAAGUUUAUUCUUCCAUUGCUCUAUAUUCUUUUUUGCAUAAUUGGGGGACAAGCUUUAUUUUUAUCUACUUUAAUGUGUAUCACUUUAAUGUUUUAUGUACAUCUUUACAUGUAUUAAUAGAUGUGAGUUCCUCACUCGAACAAUCAACAAAUGAGCAAAUAAUUGAUUAGAAAAGAUAUUUAUGUAUUAGAUAUGCAUGGUUGGGGAAAAACAUAGUCAGACAUUGGAUCCUGUUUCUGUAACAGUGAAAGACAUUUGAACCAGAACUCUGAAUCACAAUAUUCCAAUUAUGAAUUAAAGAUCUUCAGUCUUGA